GAAAGGGUUAAGGUUCCUCUCCCGGGCGGGCGCGGUUGCUGGCACCUCCCGUUGUCGCUUAACCUUCCCCUCUAGCAAUUCCACCAGUUUCCGGGCCUGAGCCGUGGAUUGCCCGUGCAGCAGUAUUCUAGGUCAACACCUUCCGGAUGGAGGGUCCAACCGGCACCCCCACCAGCCAGCCCUGUCCAGGAGCCCAGCCCCAGCCUGAGGUUCUGGAGCCCAGCCCGUGCCGGGAGACCUGGGCCGGCAAGUGCAAGUUCCUGGUGUCCUGCCUGGGCUACUGCGUGGGGCUGAGCAACUUCUGGCGCUUUCCCUACCUGUGUUACCGCAACGGAGGAGGUGUCUUCCUCAUCUCCUACUUCAUCAUGCUGCUCGUCACGGGGCUGCCCCUCUUCCUGAUGGAGCUGAGCCUGGGCCAGUACGGGGCCGCGGGGCCCAUCACCGUCUGGAAGUGCUGCCCACUCCUGAAAGGCGUGGGCAUUGCCAUGCUGAUUGAGUUCUCCCUGGUGUCCCUCUACUACAUCGUCAUCGUCGCCUGGGCUAUCUACUACCUGGUCUCCUCCUUCCAGAGCCCCCUGCCCUGGUCCUGCGAUGCCCCCAGGAACGCAGACCUCUGCCAGAACACGUCGGGGAGCACCAGCCGGGUCAGCGCCAGCGAGGUUUUCUGGAACGAGCAGGUGCUGGGGGUGACGGACAGCUCCAGCCUCGGGGACCCUGGCACCGUGCAGUGGCCCCUCGCCCUGUGCCUGCUGACGGCCUGGGUCCUGGUCUUCCGCCGCAUGCUGAAGGGCAUCCGCAGCUUCAGCAAGGGAGUGUACUUCAUGGCCACCUUCCCCUACCUGAUCAUCCUCAUCCUCAUCAUCCGUGGGGCCACGCUGGAUGGCUCCCUCGACGGCAUCCGCUUCUACCUGUCCUCGGACUGGAGCAGGCUGCAGAGCGCCCAGGUGUGGAGCGACGCGGCCUCACAGGUCAUCUACUCCCUGGGCAUUGGGCUCGGGGGGCUGAUGUCCAUGGCCUCCUACAAGAAGUUUGAGAACAACGUCAUCCGGGACACCUUGAUCAUCGCCAUUGGGAAGUACCUCACCAGCUUCUUCACCGGCUUCGCCAUCUUCUCGGUGCUGGGGCACGUGGCCUGGAGGAAACAAGUCCCCGUGGACAGCGUCGCUGACAUAGGCCCUGGACUGGCAUUCGUGGUGUACACUGAAGCCUUCUCCUUGCUGCCUGGCUCCCUGUUCUGGUCCAUCCUCUUCUUCCUGAUGCUCUCCAUGCGGGGAGUGGACAAUUUGUUCAGGGCCAUUGGGGGCAUCGCCACAGACAGCCUGGACAGGUUCCCAGCCCUGCAUGACCAGAGGAGGAAGAUGGUGUUGCUGGGUGCUCUCUGCACCUCCUUCUACCUGCUGGGGCUCCUGCUGGUCACCCAGGGAGGCAUCUUCUGGUUCAUGCUCCUUGACACGUACAGCACUGUUUUUGGGCGGAUCGUCGUCGCACUUUUUAUGUGCCUGGGCAUCACCUUCUGCUACGGCGUGAAGCAGUUCUGCCAGGACAUCAUGGACAUGAUCCGCCAGUGCCCGGCCUGGUACAGCCACAUGCUGAACUACUUCAAGGUGUGCUGGAUCUUCUUUACCCCCUGCCUGCUGCUGAUCACGCUCAUCUGGAUCUUCCUGGACACGUACAGCGUGCCCCUGUACUACGACAUUGCUGAGUUCCCCGGCUGGGCCGUGAGCCUGAGUAUCUGCAUGGGCGUCCUCACCUGCCUGCCGAUCCCACUCUGGGCCAUCGUGGCCCUGUGCCGCGUGUCGGGGUCGCUGAGCGAGCGCUUCCAGAAAGCCACCCAGCCCCUCGACUCCUGGAGGACCGCUGCCGCCCGGGACGUGGCCAGAGAUGUCAUGUACAUGUCGGCCAUCAUCACUGCACCGCCCCACGGCAGCAGCGAGGACUGAUGCUGGUCCCGGGGCACCCCACGGCCUCGCUCAGAGUCCCCCGGGAAGACGGGACCCGCUGGCCAUGGGGACGCCCGCCCAGGGGCUGGCUGCUGGUGCACGUGGCUCCCCUUGUGCCGUCACCGUCACCCAUCCCGGCAGAUGGUAACCACUGAUCCCAGCGCAUAUUUUAACUCUUGUUCCUGGAAACAUUCUGCACACUCCAGAGGUGUUUCUAGGGGACUCUCUGUGAGCAGGACCGGCUGCCGGGGCCACGCUCCAGCCCUUCGCUUGCCUCUGGGCAGUUGUCACCUCUCGUUGGAGGGGUUUGGGGUGGCUGCGUGCGUCCCUGGCCCCGACCCAGCGCUCUCCUGGCGGGGCAGGCUGCCGGCAGCGUCUCUGCCAUCUGCAGCCGCCUUGUGCAGGGGCCAGGCUGGCCGAGCCCACCGUGGUGUUGGGAAUGGCACGCUGACCCCCGGGGUGGGCUCUGGGCCCUGCUGGCUGCCUCCCUGGUGGCGCUCAGGGCCAGCGGCUCCGGCACGGCUCGUACUGCUGUGCUAGCAGGCUGGUUGGCCCAGCAGCCGAUUCCAAGCCCCCAGCCCAGGGCAGGUCCCCGCUUGCCCGUCCCAGGCCGGGCAGCAGCACAGCGCAGGCAAGCGGGACUGGAGGAGCCCCGGGCUGGGUUUGCAGCAUCAGGCAGCUGCGAGCGCACGAUGUGUUGGCGGCUGCUGCAAUAAAGCUCCAUUUUCCAGAGCGAUGUUGCUGUGCACUACUGGCCGGGCUGGGCUGGGGAUGUUCCCACGCGUGCCGGUGCCUGUGGAGGUGCGUGUGCCGGGCGUACACGCAGCACAAGCAGGGACGGAUCCAUGCCACCAUCCAGGCCGGGUGCUGCCACUGCGCAGGCUGGUGGCAUCCCUCGGCAGGGCUGCGCCGACUGCCCCGCUGAUACACUGGAGCCUGGCGGGGUCUGGGUGCAGCUCC